UCUGCAGUUCGGGACCUUAGAGCUCAACUCAAGCCGCCGUCAAUGCAGGCACGGAAGCUAUUGCUAGAUCCAGCAAUUCAUGAAGAGUUCACUAGACUGAAGAAUUUGGUUGAGGAGAAGGAUAAGAAGGUGAAGGAGUUGCAUGAUAACAUUGCUGCAGUCAAUUUUACCCCGCAAAGCAAAAUGGGGAAGAUGCUAAUGGCUAAAUGUAGGACGCUGCAAGAGGAAAAUGAAGAGAUCGGAAACCAGGCUAAUGAAGGAAAGAUGCAUGAAUUAACAAUGAAACUGGCUUUGCAGAAGUCUCAGAAUGCUGAACUCAAAAGUCAAUUUGAAGGCCUGUGCAAGCAGAUAGAGGGACUGACAAACGACGUGGAAAGAUCAAAUGAAAUGGUACUAAUCUUGCAAGAGAAACUUGAACAGAAGGAUGAAGAGAUCAGUAAGCUGAAGGUAGAGCUGAAUGAAAGAAACACAGUAAUGGAGAAAACCGAAUUAACUCCUGAUAAAACUGCCAGUGAUGAGGGAAUGACAGCUACAGAAGCACAGGUAGAGAAUGAGUAGGUAGGAAUUAGACUAGUGCUAUUUGUAGGUAACACAUCUUAUUUUUCCUUUCCAAAAAAAGUUUUGUUUGGUGAAUGCGUUCGGGGCUUUACCUUCAUAUGUAAAGCUACUCUUUAUAGAUCAAUUAUUUAUCCAUAAAUGGUACAACAAGGCAAACGGAAGAUGAAGCCGCCGACCUGACAACAAGAACACUCAUUUCCAAAUGCUCUUGUAAAGUAACAAGGCAUGACCAUAUCUACUCAACUGAUAAGCUGCAGACAGUCAUACCAACUGGUAGCUGCAGUUCGUGUAUUUAGUUCCCUAUCCAUCACACCAGCACCAGUAUGUUCUAUAUUGCCCUUUUUUUGGGUUAACAUUAGAGAAAUGCAGAACAUUUUUACAGGUACUAAGUUGCAAUUUGGCCGAUGUGUUAUUGUGCGGCACUGUGAGUGUUGUUUGUUUUGUAAAGUGUAGCCAAUCUUGCUGUGGCGAAGUGCAUCGUUAAA